AUGAGUAAUAUGAGCGCACGUGUUUACGUGGGGCGUUUGUCCUACAGAGCGUCCGAACGUGACAUCGAGCAUUUUUUUCGUGGUUAUGGACGUAUACGUGAUAUUGUUCUGAAGAAUGGUUUCGGUUUUGUGGAAUUUGAUGAUCCGCGGGAUGCGGACGAUGCAGUAUAUGAGUUGAAUGGAAAAGAGUUAUGCGGUGAACGCGUUAUCUUGGAGUUCUCGCGCCGUGGACCUCGAAGUCGUAUGGGAUUCGGCGGCUUUGAUCGAUUUCCUCCACCGAGACGGGAAUCAAGAUACGGUCCACCUCAACAGACACGCUAUCGAUUGAUUGUAGAAAACCUUUCGUCUCGUUGUUCGUGGCAGGAUCUUAAAGAUAUUAUGCGAACCGCUGGUGAAGUAACUUUUGCAGAUGCGCAUAAGCAGCAUCCAAAUGAAGGGAUUGUAUGCUUUUUAACACGAGAAGAUCUUGAAAGAGCGCUUGACAAGCUGCAGGGAAAGGAAGUAAAUGGUCGCAAGCUAAAACUGAUUGACGAUUCGGAAAGACGGGAUAGUCGAAGUCGUUCCCGUUCUCAUCAUCGUUCUAAUUCUCGUUCACGUAGUUCGCGUAGUCGGUCAUCACGUUCACGCACCGGUUCGAAGUCACGUUCGCCGACACCAAAGAAAGAAGGCGAAGGUUCGAAAUCACGUAGCCGCUCUGGAAGUGCUCGUUCUCGUUCUCAUUCACCGGAGAGAAAUGGAUCACAGGGUGGCGCAGUUACUGAGAAUGGUGGUGGUGGUGAAAGUAGUGGCACUGUUCCUGAAACCAAUGAUGAGCCUAUGAAAGAUGCAAGUCCACCGCCCAAUAGUAGUGAUUAUAACUGA